AUGGCCCAGCAAAAUACGAAAAUGCGCCCGGUGCUUCUGAAGCGGAACAGCCUGGAGUCGGUGGCGUUGGCGAAGCAGCCGCACCACCGCCGCAGCAAGUCUCAGCAGGUGCGGUUCAAGGAAGAUGGGACCGGCAAGCCCCCGCCCGGCCUGGCUGGGGUCGACGUCCACACGACCGAGGACCCGGCUGUGAUGGGCAAGACCCAAGCCCCCAGACACCACCCCCUCCCCGCCUACUCCCUUUCCUUCCCCAGGUCCCAGAAGGCAGGGGGCCUCCGGAACAUGGCGAUCCAAACCUCCCCCAGUCUCAGGAAGCAUUUCCCGAUCUUCAAGAGGAAGAGACUCACAGCCAGUAAGUCCCUGGUGGAAAUGCCAGCAGCAUUCCAAAGUGCCAUCCAGGUCAACGGCAACCUCUCGGAACAGGACGCGGUGGCUUCCGACCUCGCCUGCUUGCGGCUGGCUCAGCAUCUGGAGGACGGGCCUCGAAGGGUCCAGGUGUCCCACCCGUUUCUCCCUCGAAUGUCCAAGAUGCAGAGCAACGGGCCGGUGAGCAUAUGCCUGGAAGCAGGAGCUGGGAGAGCCUCAGAGAAAGCAACUGCUGCCAUUCAGGUCCCAGAGGAUAUCUAUCACAGCCCGGCCUGGGCGACUGGGGAGCCCGCUCUCAGUCAAGACAGGUCCGCGGAGAUAAGCAACUCCGUCCACCCAUUGGUGGACCCGUGUCCAGGUGAUGGACGAAGAGUGCUGCCGUCAGAUUCAGAGAGACCCCCCUCCUGCUGGAACGCCACCAGCGGUGCCAACCCCAUGCCAGGCACAGGGAAACUUAAACCUGAAUUGCUUUUGCCCAAAGACAACUCUGGUGACACAGACUUUGGCCCACUGUCAUCGCUGUCAAAGGAAGCCUGUGUCCCCUCGCCUCCACGGACUCACAGCUCCCCCUCGCCAGGCUCCCACGGACAGCCAGCCCAUCCAGGAGGGGCUUCGGACUGUUCGUCAUGGAGCAGCCAUCACCAGGACCCGCCGCCACCCAAACCUAACCACCCAUCCAGACCUGCCCCUGCGUGUCAGGAGCGGACCGCAAGGAACCCCACCCAGUCGGACACGCUGGAGUUUCGAAACUGUCCAGGAAACGAUCACCUCCCGUCCUCUCGUCCAAGGAGGGAGACCAAACUUCAGAGCAACAGGGAGCUUAACCAGAUCCACCUGGCCCGGGGCGAGCUCUGCGACCUCCAAGGCCGGCUGCAGUCCGUGGAGGAGUCCCUGCACUCGAACCAAGAGAAAAUUAAAGUCCUUCUGAAUGUAAUUCAAGACUUGGAGAAAGCUCGGGCUCUCACAGAAGGGCGCAACUUUUAUCGAACCGGCCAAGAUCUCAACAAUUGCAGCACCUGCCAGAACACGGCGUGCAUCAUAUACAGUGUAGAAUAUGAUUUUCGGCAGCAGGAAGGCAGGUUCCAUGAAGUUCUACAGAGUCUGGAGGAAGCAGAACCAGUUGAGGAGCCAUGUCCCCCACCAAAGUCCACAGCAGAACCCCCUGUUCCUGAGAAACAGGACUUAAGGCGGAAAACCAAGAAGGUGAAGAAGAAAUGCUUCUGGUGGAUCUGAGCUUGUUGGGACCAUGCACUCUGCCCUUCCCCAAGACCUCCCUGAGAUGGGGACCACUGCCCUCAGGUCUCUGCUUCUUAGCAAAGGCCCCGGACCGAGAGCCACUCAACCUGUGAAACCGGAAAGACUCGGGGCUGGUUUAGCUGCUGCGGGACCCCUGACCACCAACCUCACCUGAAUGAGUGCCACUGUUUGCUGAGGGCUUCACGGACCCUAGAGUGACCACUUGCCUAGUUCCCCAUCACACACGACUAGGCCACAAUCCUGGUUUGCGAGUCUAGGUUCCCACCCUGAACAAAGUCCCCAUUGACUCGCCAACAACUCUAUGAUGCUAAGCACUUCCUUCUCAUCCUUGGUUUGUCAUCCGAAAAAAAAAAAAAAGAAAUGUUAUGUAGAGCAGGAAGUUAGAGGAGAGCUAGAAACUGAUACAACAGGAAAGAUCAGUUACAUACACUGGCCGUUUUCUAAGAUAUUGGCGUACAUAGCGUGACAGAAAUGCGCAGGGCAGAAAUGCAAGAGCGCCUGGUGGGCUGGGUCAUUUUCAUUUUAAAAUAGC